CGGUUACUCACCACAUGCAGGAAGUUGUUGGUUUCCCUUAGCAACAGAACGUUGCAAUCUCCUGCGAAUACCAAGCACAGCAUGCCUAUCCUAGUGAAAGAUUACACAUGGCAGCAAACCGACAGAGAGCUCUAUAUCUCUGUGCCCUUAAAGGGGACCCGGGCUGAUGGCUCCAAUGUACUGUGCACAGAGCACUAUCUGAAGGUAAGGCAGCACAGCACCUCACAUUAAUGGGUCACCAGGGACACUCAUCAGUCAUACCUGGUGUGAAGUCUGUUACAUAGUAUUACUAGCAUUAUUAAUAAUACAUACCUAUUAUACUGAACACAUGUAUGCAAUAACUAUCUCCUGGUACCAGCAAUUUGAUCCUUUCUUUUUGCUAUUUUUAUCCAUUGUUGUUAUCUUAACCUUGGGUGUGGGUUAAUUCACUGGGAUUUGAGAAGUUAUACGCCACUUUUAGGAGAUCAUCAUAUAACCUUCCAGUUUAUCAGAUAGGACUAAUACUCCUUUCUGGUGAUUAUUUACAUGUAUGUAUGUGUAUAUAUACAUAGGUUAGGCCAGGUAGAUCCCCAGGUGUUCUAAAACUAUAAUUUCUAUGAUGUCUUGUCAUGAAUCUAAAGGAAUGCAAAGACACACAAACAAAGCACCAUGGGGGUUGUAGCUCUGCAUCAUCUGGGGAUCUACCUUUUGGGCACCUUUGGGUUAGGAGUUAUGGGAUCUCACGUGAAGGGUUAAAUGGAAACUAUAGUGUUGGGAAAAUACUUGUUUUCCUAGCACUAUGGCUUCCCUCUACCUCGCGGCCCCCUAUGAUGGUGCAAAAGGGGUUAAAAAAACCCUCUGACACUAACCUGGGUCCAGCGCCGAUGUCCCUCAGUGCUGGCCCAGGUCCGCCUUCAUUCCUCCCCCACUGACGUCAGCGAGCGGGGGAGACCUAAUGGGCAUGCGUGGCAAUGGCCACGCUCACAUUAUGAUUUACUCAUAUAAAAGCAUUAUACAAUGCUUUCAUAUGGGGGUUCCUGUGAUGCAUGCAUAGUGUGAGGACGUCCAGCGUCAGUCACCUAAAAACCCCGAAAGUCCCUCUAGUGGCUGUCUGGUAGACAGCCACUAGAGGUGGAGUUAACCCUGAAAGGUAAUUAUUACAAUUUCUUAAAAACUGCUAUAAUUACAUUUGCAGGGUUAAAGGACCUUGGACAGUGCACCCAUAUGACUUUAAUGAGCUGAAGUGGUCUGGGUGCCUAUAGCAUGAGUGAGGCUAGAGCUUGCAACUUUUGUAAUAAUAGGGUCCCCAGGUUACGGUUAAUAGUGUUGGGUUAAGAGGAGCUACAAGUCCUCAGGGGUAAUUAACUCUUAUGUUAGGUAGCAGGGUCUAUAGUUGUGGCUAGGGAUUGGUUUUAGGGUCUCGGUGUCGAUGUCCGAAGGAUUAUUAUAUCCUGUUGCCAAUUUAUAUUCCCCCUAGUGAGUUAGACACACUAAAAUACAAUAUUGUGAAAAUACCUGUGUCUGCUAUUUACCAAAGUUAUCACAACUAUUCAGGUCUUUAUUUGCAAGUGACCGUCAGAUAGUGAUUUCAUGGAAAAGCUUGCAUAGAACUUUGUAUAGGAGUACGACUCACAGGAAAAGUUACAGACCUGGCAAAUUUAGUAUGGCCUUCAUUUAGCAGGGGGUGGAUGGGGUAGAACCAACAGGUGAGCUUAUCAGUGAGGCAUUUAAUCUCACUGGCACUAUGGGGGCAUGUUAUCAUAUUUCCCUUGUGUGCCAGGAGGACAGCACUCUCUUUUAUAUUGAAAAGAAUGGUACCUGUGUCAUGUGUCAAAUGAUAAAAUUAUCUGGGUCUAUUUUCUUUUCUCACUUUGUACCGGUAUCUCUGAUUAUAUCCAUCUUUCUGUAAUCCUACUAUGAUUAUUGCAAAAUUGUAAUUAUAAAGUACCUUGGGCUUACAAUAAAAGAGCUACUGAAAGGACACUCUAAGCACCAUAACUGGACAGUGUGCUACAGUGGUUAUGGUGCCAGGAGUCCCCUUGUGCCAUUCUCUGGUAAGGAGUCAAAUUGUUUUCAUUUUGUUUGACACUUAUCUUAUCUUAAUCUCUUUGGCUACUGCAGACCUCACAAGUCUUCUGUGGUAUCGCAAAAGUAAAAGUUCCCAUUCCGCUUUAGCAAUAUCAGUCUUGUCUCUAUGUGGACUUAAUUAAUUGGCUGAGACUCUCAGCUGUAGUAUUUCAUACAAACUCUGUAGCUUUAAUGUUUAAUGACUCCUGGUUAUUUCUUUCUGACUCCUAAAUUUGUCAGCGCCUUCCCAGUGUGUUUAGCCCUUAGGUAAGCACGUUGGCGUCCUCUGUAUGUUUAUAACUCGGACGAGUCUGGUAACAUUUCCUUAUAGAAUUCCUGAUGGGAGUGUGUUAACAUACCUGUUUAUUACCCCUCAGGUCAGUUUUCCUCCUUUUCUGUUUGAAGUCUUUCUAUUCUCUCCCAUUGAUGAGUCCAGAAGCAUCGCCAAGAUUGGAAAUGGAAUUAUCCUGUUUACGCUAUAUAAACAAGUUCCUUCUGUGUGGGAUACUCUGACAGCGGAAAGUUGUAAGUAUAAGUCACCAAUAUUUUACAAUACGUUUUUUCCCCCAAAAACCUGACUAGAAUUUUAUACACCAGUGAUAUUUUGCUGGUUACUGUUUUGUGAGUAGAUAGAAUUUUUUUUGGAGGGGGAGGGGUUCUUUACUUUUUCUCUUUAUAUCUCUUGACUGGGUUGGAGCUUCAGUGAAAUUCCAUGGGGGGAAAAGGGGAGUGACUGUGCCGCUCUAAAGCCUUGUUGUGGUUGGCCAGUAAAUUACACACUUUUUUGGGGUGUUUUUAAUAGAUACAAUGUUGCAUAUAGUCAUGACGUGUUAUUCACCUAUGUUUUAGUGGAUAAGAAAGAGAUGCAAAGUAUACGUGAAGAGGCAAUUGCACGAGUGCAGGAGAAGGCCAAGCAAGAUAUUCAAGCCAAGGCUGUUGUGAAAAGAGAAAAUGAAAAAUAUUCCCUUGAGGUUAUGAUGAAGGUAUACUUUUAUUUACUCCGCUUUUAAGAAGCUACCUAAAUUGAUGUGGGCAGUCCUUAUUGUAUGCAAAGGCAAUGCAAGUAGCAAAGAGGAACCCCUGACGCAGCCCCUGACGAAGGUGUCUUUAUACACCGAAACGUGCGUCGGGCGUUAGCAUGUCUUAUUUUAUUUCACUUUAUUAUUUUCACUAGGGAUUUUGCACUACACGAUAUGGGUAUUUAGACCCAAGUUACACUUGCAUUGUUUGGUGUCUAGCUAGUUAUGAUUUAGGAGGAUUAGGUACUUGGCGUGAUCUCAUCGAGUGAGUUUUAGCUUCGAACACCCAUGAAGGUGUUAUAGGAGAACAGGAUUCAGGAUUGAGGACUUUAAACAGAUUUAUUAUCUUCUGUGUAAAUAUUUAGCAACUUAGUAUUUUUGAGACAAGGGGGGCAGUAAUUACAAUAUCUGGUUCUCAUAGUGAACUAUAUUUUCUUUUCCCCCCUUUCUCUCUUUUUCCUUUUCCUCUUUCCUUUUUUUCUUUGCUCCCCAACUCCUAUUUAUAUUCAUAGGUUUAAAGCAAUUUUCUUUUUCGCUCACAUUAAACUAUUUGAAGGUCAUUAGCCUAUUUUCUAUUUCCUCACAUUAAGUCCUAUUGACAAUAUAAGUUAUUUGGACUAUUGCUUAUUUGAGGCAGUUGUAUCAUUAUCACCACCAUAUUAGCUAUCAUUGGGGAUUUAGUACAUUGUCCCUCUGGGUUUUUUGGUUAUUUUAAUUAAAGACUUAAUAAAGGUACACGUUUAUUUUUCAUACCAAGGACAUUUGAGGAUAUAUUUGUAACUUGUGUUUCAAAUGCUCUUUUUCUUCCCCUCGUAUAAGCUUUUCAUACUAGCUAGCUAAUUUUUUGUAUUGUUUCAUUAUUGUUGUCCAUUUACUUUUUUGCAUGCCUUUUGAUCUCCCUAGUGGGAGAUUAUCUCUAUUUUUUAGUUUAUUAAUUGAUUCGGGUACAAGCCCUGUGUGGAGCUGGCACCACCAUCUGACCACUCUGCCCUGUAUUUACCUCUCAUACUCCUCUUUUCCAUCUCUUGGAGUUGACUGGUUAACAAGGCGUUAAUGUUCUUUUUUGUAUUCCCAUAUUGACCAAUACGCUACUUGAUUUUGGCCUCUAAUGGGUUAAAAAAAAAUAAUUAUGUACAGGUUGUUCUUCUUUUUUUUUCUUCUUAAAAGUACCUGCUCCAUUAUACUUCUGGCAGUGACUUAAAGUGUGUUAGACCUAACAGAGACCCCGUAGAAAUGGGCACUUAAUAGCACUAUAUAUGGAUUUUCUUAGCUUGUGUGAAGUCAUUGAUAAAGUCAGCAUUGUUUUACAGUCUAUUUAUUGUGGUAUGUAUAUGUUAUUUGUUUGUUUAUUUAUAAAGGAGCAAGAAACACCAUAUAAACUGCUGAUAGGCAUUCCAGUGCCAAGGGACAGGGCCAGUUCCACUGUAAGGGAAAUUAGGUACUCACCUAGGGAUUCAGCUCUGUGGGGUCAGCCUACUGCUGCACAGGCUGACAGGAAGAUCUAAUGAUCACCUUAAGUGGCCCUGCACCCCUCAAGUACUUAGCUUUUGGUUAAAACUCUGGUGGGUGCAGAUCACAAUCCGUUUCCUUGGAGCAUCUGGGUGACUGUCAGCGCUGGUGCUGGGUUACCCAGCCAACACUCGCAACAAAGCCCAGAAGCAUGACCUCCACAAACACUAAAAGCAGCUCCCACUCACACAUGUAGAACCUCUACACACAGACUGGUGGGAGACAGCGGGAAAUGCUUGCUAGAAGGAAAAUGAUAGUGAGGAGAGGGUUACUAGCAGUGAAAUGGUGGGAAAGAGACAGAAAGUUGGAGAACAGAGGCAGGUGCAUCAUGAGACAGGUAGAAAGACACAGAGAGAAGGAAGAGAAACACCGAGUGAGAACGUGGGGAGAUGACAAAAAUGGGAAAAUAAAUUGCAGUAGAUUUAUGCUUAGAGCAGGAACUUAUACCGGUUACUGAGUAACCACCAGUAGGGCAGGGGGUAAUGGUCUUCGGGGGAAUUUAAUGCUCUUUUAUAAGAAUAUGUUUGACAGUGACUUCCUUUCAGUUAGAAGACGAAGAAAGGAGACGAAUCGAAGUCGUGAAAGAAGAAGAACGAAGAAAAGCAACUGAAGAGAUGGAGAAGUGGAAAGAGCAACAACGGAUAGAAGAAGAACAAAAGAGAAUGCAAAAGAAAAUAGAAGAGGAAAAAAGGAAGAAUAACAUAAAUAAAGCUACAUUCGCAAGUCAGCUUGAGCCCUGUCUUAAAGGUACAGUAUGCAUUACACCAGGAAAUACAUUUUACCCCUUACAAGAAAUGGUUGGCAAGGAAAUGGGGGUAUACUCAGUGCAUUAUACAAUUAACAAAUAAAUAGUGAGAAAUAGUAACAUUAGUGCUGAGUUCCAAAUUACCAUGAAGCAAUAUACAAGGCUUGUUGUACUGUAUAUAAAUAUUGUAGAGUUGUAUUCAAAAUACAGUUUUUCUAGAGAGUCAAGCUUGUUUUCCUCUUUUAGAUUUAGAGUCGAAACAUCAUUUUAGUCAGUGUUUGCCUUUCUGCAGUUUAAUUACACUUGCUGCCAUGCUUUUAGCACAGAUACGAAGCUGUAUGGGGUCCAAUCUGAACCAAGCAUCGCAGAGAUGUAUGUUAGGAGUUCAUUCAUGUACUUACACUGUGACAGAUUUCCCUACAAAUCAUGCCAUUGUACAGAACACUGGUGUGACCUGACUUAGAGUAUUGUACACAGUACUGGAGACCGUAUCUUCAGAAGAGUUCAGAGAAGGGCUACUAAACUGGUUCAUGGAUUGCAGGAUAAAACUUACCAGGAAAGGUUAAAGGAUCUUAACAUGUGUAGCUUGGAGGAAAGACGAGACAGUUGGGAUUUAAAUACAUAACGGGAAUCAACACAGUAAAGGAGGAGACUAUAUUUAAAAGAAGAAAAACUACCACAACAAGAGGACAUGAUCUUAAAUGAGAGGGGCACAAAGGUUUAAAAAUAAUAUCAGGAAGUAUUACUUUACUGAGAGGGUAGUGGAUGCAUGGAAUAGCCUUCCAGCUGAAGUGGUAGAGGUUAACACAGUGAGGGAGUUUAAGCAUGUGUGGGAUAGGCAUAAGGCUAUCCUAACUAUAAGAUAAGGCCAGGGACUAAUGAAAGUAUUUACAAAAUUGGGCAGACUAGAUGGGCCGAAUGGUUCUUUUCUGCCAUCACAUUCUAUGUUUCUACAAGGGUUGCAUUAUGCAAACAGUCACUGGAAGCAGAGAGUUGCAUAUAUGAGCUGUGUUCCUCUGUAAAAUUAUUAUUAUUUAUAAAGCGCCAACAAAUUCUGCAGCGCUGUACAAUGGGUAGACUAACAAACAAGUAUUCAAAACAAGACAAGUUGGACGUACAGGAACAGAGGGGGUUGAGUAAAAUUAAACCGUUUUGUGAGUUGAUACCCAAAUAUUUUUGCCCUUUAUUAUAUAAAUAAUCAUAUAAUUUGUCACUGGGUUUGUAGGACAAUUAACAAGGUGGGUAACUAACUGUGUAUUAUGUCUGCUUCAAAACAUGACAUUUUAUUACAUCACAUAUGUAUUAAUAUUGUGGAAAUCCUCAAUAUAGUGAGGAAUUACUAAUUUUCUCCUCCCAUAACUGUGGCUCUGGAUCACCAAACCUGGGGAGGCACAAUUCCAAACACAUGUUAGAAGAAGAGACGCAGUAAUAGCCUUCCUAGGGCAGUGAUGGCUAAACACAUUAUAAAUACGUAAAUAGAAAAGAAAGCAGAAAUAUAGUAAAAUAUGGAACAUAGCAGGAAAAAGUAAGGCUGCAGCUGAUAUGGUUAUCAGGAGCUCUUAAUCAUAGGUAAUACAUUUUUUUUCUACUGCCUGUUCCAUCCCUGAUACAAUUUCCAGUGUCAUUUUGCAUCUCCUCAUUUAUAAUAUAUUUAAUUGCCUAGCUACAUGUAGCUAACGCUCACUGUCCCCAGGGGAAAGUAUUGUUCUGGGACAAAUCCUCACCACUGCAUGCUGCUAUUCUGCCUGUUAUUGGAUUACUACAUAAUAGUGGAAAUUAUCCGAUUUCAUCAAAAGAGUCAACUUUAUUUCAGUAGUGUGUUGUUUUUUUUGUUUUUUAAUAACAAAUAUGGCCUAUUAUCUCCCAGAAUGUCCCCUAAAUGCUAAUGAUGGAACAUUGUACCAAGUAGCAAGAUAUGUUCUAUUUAGGAAAGGACCGCAUGUCUCGGAUUUUACCUUAUUAAAAUACUGUGUGCUAUAGGGCAGUAGUUCUAUUAAAACCAUGCAAUAUGCAUGUCCCUGGUGUCUGCUCGUCCCAUAACACAGUUAUUAGUUAAUCCUGCAUGCUUUACCUAUCGUAGUAGAAACCGUGAAUUCUACAACAUCAGUAAGUAUAGUUCAUUAAAGGGUAGUGUAAGCUAUUUACAUACUAUGCCUGCUCAAUGAAAUAUCACCACUGAGGGUAAAUCUGGGCUGUUUCUAGGUCUUUGUCUAACAUGGUGCCAUGCCAGCCUUUAGGGCUGUCAAAACAUUUUCGGUGUUGUAGUUCUUCACCAUCUAAUAAUCUACUGUGCAUGUGGCUUUAGUAAUAUCCCUGUCAUUAUAGCUGGACAUUUCCUCUAGUUUUUAGACUGACUGGUCAUUUUAAAAUGUACAGUACUGAGAAAAAAAUAGUUUCCUUUGUUCCUGACUAUUACUUUUUUUUUUUGCUUUAUUAAUGAGAAUGAUAUUUUUAUUUUGAGAAAUGUCAAGUACAGCACUGGAAUGUGAAAGGUUGCUUAGCCUUGAACUAAACCAUCAGUGGCUAGUCUACAUAGAACACUGCCCUCUUUAUCCUUCAGUGAAUCUGUCUAGACAGGAGGCAUCUUUUCACUUGCAUGCCUUCCUUCAAGGUAACAGUAGAUAAAACUUUUUCUUCCAGCCCACAUAUAAAUAGCUUAGUUGGUUAAAUUCCACCAACUGCAGUACCAAUUUACACCCCCUUUUUCAGCUAUCUGAAGCCUAUAUUUCAUCAUUCUGAGGUUGAUCGCUUGUGUGCAGCCAAGUUAGGUACUGCUGAAAAGGAAUAGUUUGGUUUUGAUUGACAGUUUCUUAUAUUUUUAAAAUUUUUGCGUACUAAUGCCUCCCUUUUCCACAUCUUAGUCGUUAUCUCCCAAUUGUUUCCCUCAGCUGGGUAUUUUGUCUAUAAAUAUCUUGUCGUUACGGAAAGUAAAGAAGAAGGAAUUCUCCUGUUAAAAGGGCUCUUAACAGCACAGCUAUCUUUGGAGAAUUGCGUGUUCCACUGCCACUGUAUUCAGUGAACUGAAAUCACAUACCCUUUUAACCCAUUGUUGUUGAUGAAGCAGCAACAUAUUGCAUAGCUCUUUACAGCUGGCAAACCAAACACACAAGUAAUUGUGACAAUCAAGUUUGACAUACAGAGAAAUGUGAAACAGGCUUUGCUCAACCAAUCUCUUUAUAAAAAAAAACUGUGGAUCACUCAAGAUGUGUUUAUAAGCAAGUGUGUCAAACUGAUUGUGUGUGACUAUAGAAAAGUGUGUGUGUUUGACCCAUGUCUGCCCUCUUGUGGUUAAAGUUGGUACAUUAAAAUUAUACAUUAUUUACCCCAUGCCAUCUAGUGUACUAAAUCAUGAUGCUACCUCCACUAGAAUUCAAUAUCAAGUGCUACGAUAAUCUGUUGAAUGGUUUUCAAACUAACAGGCUACGUAUCAUGCUACUGGAAUGGUUUCAGUUGGCAUGUUUUGCACGCACAUGAAUGUAAGGGAGAGAUAUAAAUGAGUCCACUGAAUAUGGUGACUGGAUGCAGCUGGGUAGUGAUUGAAAGUAGGACUGGCCAUUUAAAUAAAACAUGUUUUGUUUACCAGGUCAUGAAAAGAAUGGCACUCAGGUUGGGAAAAAAGUUGAAGAGAAAGUCCUUCCUCCCACUCGAACAAAUGGCUGUAUUAAAAUUACCUUUACUCCUCGAGUCUUCCCCACAGCUGUCAGGGAAUCUCGGGUGGAAGAAGAGGAGGAGGUAUGCCAUAUUCAUUUAUUUUAUAUUUUAAUGGAGUGUGGUACUGCCAGUGCUGAUGUCUUUUUAUAUGUGUGAUAAUUGACAAGGAAAUUGCAAAUUCUAAGUUGAAGCAGCACCACUGGAAUAAUCUAGACAUUUCAGCCUUUAUGUAAUAAGUCAUAUUUUAGUUGGUGGGUAAGGUUUAAAGGGACACUAUAGUCACCAGAACAUCUACAGCUUAAUGUAGUUGUUCUGGUGAGUAUAUUCAUUGCCUUCAGGCAUUUUCAGAGAAAAGGCAGUGUUUACAUUGCCCCUAGGGACACCUCCAAGUGGCCACACCUCAGAUGGCCGCUGGAGGUGCUUCCUGGCUCAGUGCUGCACAGUAGGCAGCAGUGCUUUGCAGUGUCCUGAAUUUUCCUCAUAGAGAUGUAUUGAUUCAAUGCAGCUCUAUGAGGAGGUGCUGAUUUGGCUCUGUCCCUUUGCCGAUUUUAGCCAAUCCAAUGCUCUCCCCAAUUCAUGGGGAUGAUGAUGUCACCAAGGGGUGGGAAGUAAGGUGAGUUUUAUAAACUUUUAAGGAGGCUAAGGGGGGGGGCAAGCCACCUAAAUGGUGGGUUAAACACUAUAGGGUCAGGAAUACAUGUUUGUGUUUCUGACCGUAUAGUGUUCCUUUAAUAUACCAUAAUACUGCAAUUAUUCAAUUUGUGUGAAAAGUCAUAAAGAUUAAAAUAACUUCAUUGAUUUUUACAUAAAGGCACAUUUAUUUAGCUCCUUCAUUUCUUAUUCAGUGGUUAAAUAAGCAGGCUGAGGCCAGGAGAGCUAUUAACCUUGACGACAAAGAACUUCAAGAUUUAAAGGAAGAAGAGAAGAACCCAGACUGGCUAAAGGAUAAAGGAAAGUAUGCAUUCUUUAUGUAUUUUUUAUAUAUAUUCAUCCUUGCAGAAUACUAGCGAGGGAUAUCUGACUGAGAACAGGUCACCCAGGAAAUGGUGAUAACAUUAUGGAUGUGUGUUCACCUAUGCAGUGUGCCACUGGUUACCCCACAUUUACUAGACCAUUUUUCAGAACACAACACUUUUUUUUGUUAUACAUAUGCAUUUGAGUAAGACAGAGGCUGCAUCAGGACCAUCAAAUCUAAAUGCAGGCUACAAGGAAUCUGUAAACGAAAGACUAGUUAGUGGUCAAAAAGGGAUUAGAUCAUAGAGAACACAGUUGAAGAUGUGUCCCAUAAUUAGUGAAAUUGUUGGGUAUAAAUAUAUAUUUCAGCCUGCUCCAAUCAAUUCAAUUUGCAACCCAUUUUGUUCUUUUUGGUUUAUUUAACCAAUAAUUAUUUCUGGCCAGCGACUUUUAAGGACCAAGUCAGAAAAGCAAAAAUGUAGUAUGUUGUCUCCCGAUACACGCCAAUAAUUAGAAAAAUCCAGGUUUACAUCUUUAAUUGAUGCUGGUGUGGGACCACAAUUGUUACCAUAUUGUUGAUAACUUUGAAAUGGAACAUCAUGUGAUAGCGAUUUGUUCAUUAAACACCAAAUUGUAGUGAAUUGCAAAAUCUAUGCUCAAUUAGCCCAGCAGUAACUCUAGCUGAAUUGGAGAAUUUUUCAAUUUCCUCUAAAAUUUUAAAUUUGCUGCAAUACAUUGUUUCUGGAGUAAACAUUAUAAAGCAGACAUAAUAAUCAUCAAUCACAUCUACAUGAUUCCCUUUGCUCUGAAUAUUGACCUGUGCCAGUUCCAUCUGAAAUACACAUUUAUAUGUGUAAAUACUGCUAUAAAAUGCUAAAUGGUAUUACAGAAUAAAAAUAUUCCCUUAAACUAUAAUGUUCUAUUUAGUAAAUGAAUUGUUCCCAUUGCUAAUGAUUCAGAUUAAAGAAACAGAACGAUUUUAUAGAUUAGUAAUUUCAGUCAUUUUUCCUAUUGUGUGUGUCAGUAUAAUUUUUAACAAAGGGGAAUAUCUUUAUUUACCAGAUUAAGGACUUUAAUAGUCACUGUACCUAAUAAUAAGACAUGGGAAAGUGGUUUCAUGCAGCAGGUAGACAGUGACCCUCUAACAGCUGUUUUACAUCUUCCACAUCCAUGGAGAGAGCUUUGUGCUCCUAUAUUUCUACAACUAGAUCAAAUGUAAUGGCCAGUAUAUGGGUCAUCAAAAUUCACAAAAAUGGCACAGAAUUUCAAAUUAUAAGGCAAAAUAACAACCAAAAAAAUAUCAAAAUCAAUUACUUUUUCAGCUGUAAUAUUUUCCUUACAAUUCAUCGUUUGUGAACACCAGUAUUUUUGAGAAUGCCAAUGACCACAAAGAGGUCGAUUUAUUUACUAUAGAGGCUUUUAUUUAUUUUUGGAAGUAACUGCUGUGCUAUUCCCUACUAUGGCUCACAAGCUGAUUUCAUUGUGAAGCUCAUUGCAUUUGGCAUAAGUGCAGCGUUUCCAUGAUGCCCAGAGUAAAUGGCUAAUUAAAGCAACAAUCGUUUUGCUAAAGAAAAAGUACUUUUGUGCUUCCCGAAAACAGCUAUAAAGCAGUCUGACUUUUUUUUUCCUUUGUGCAGAACACAAAGGGUUAAAACCUUGUUCACUUUAAUGCUCCCCGCUAAUUAUAUUAUCUCUUUUGCCGCAGUAAACUAUUUGCAGCUGGGGACUAUCUCGCAGCUGUGAACGCACUCAACCUGGCGAUACGCUUAAACGGGAAAAUUCCGGCGUUAUAUCUCAAUCGAUCUGCCUGCCACCUUAAAUUAAGGAACCUGCAUAAAGCUAUUGAAGACUCCUCAAAGGUAUACCUACAUAUUGAAGCUCAUCCUUCACAAUCUAUACUUCUUGCCUGCAGUGGGAAGAUUCUGUAUACUAGCAUUCAAGCACGGACAAUUGAAGUUGAGGCCAUCAUUCAGGAUAGACUUUGCAUGACCUUCUAUAAAUUGAUUUUAUUGUGAAACGUUAAAGGUUGUAGCUUAGUCUCUUAGGAACCGUUAUACCUGCAUGUUUAUUUCUUAAAGAUUUUUUUUCCACACAAAAUACUGUUAUACAUUCUCAAAUCAAUAUUUAUCCGCCCCCUAACCAUUAUUUAAAAUACCAGUCCAAAGCUUAACCCUUAUAGUGCUACUGAGGGAACGUGAGCUGGAAUGACCAAUUGCCUUAGGACAGGAAUAGCCAAAAGCUAAAUUUCCAGCUGUCGUAGGACCUACAGCCAUCCUGAUGAUUUGUUAGACUUGAGGCUGGCAAAGCAUCAUGGGAGUUGUAGUUUAACAAUAGCUACCAAAAGCUAGGAGAGACUAUUGUAUAGACUAUUGUAUAGGUUUUUUUGAUUUCUGAUGAAUGCAGUGAGGAUGUCAACAGAUUAUAAAUGUAUACUUAAACUCUGUUCCAGUCCAUUGCUGUGAGAACAACUUGCUAGGUCCUAAUGUAAAGAGAACUUAAAUUCUUCUUCUUCUUCCCUGUCUGACAAAUAAAUGCGUUAUUUGUGUAGAGUUUGCAAGUUUAGGAUGAGAAUUUGCAGAAUAAAGAUGGAACUGAUAGAUUUUGAAGUGCACACCACAAAGGCCACUCAGAGUACAAUCUACAAUGAAUCUAUAUGUCCUGUUGCUGAGAAUAUGUUUUGAUAUUAUGUUUUUUUUGUUUUGUAUUUGUGUGUGUGUUUGUGUUUUUUGUUGUUGUUUUUUUUUUUUAACAAUAUUAUUGGGUAUCUGUCCUGCCUCUUUCACAAAACCAGCUAUGAUGCUCACACCGUAGAUAUAUAAAACUGAAAUAACAGACUCUGCUUUUCUAAAUACAGGCAAUAUUUGGGUUUUCUUUGGUAUCAAUAGGAAAAUGUACUAGUUAUAUUUACUACUAGACUUAUAAAAUUUAUGUUGUAGAUAUGGGAUAGAAAAAAAAUAAAUGCAGGCUUGUAUGUUGGUUUUAUCUAACGGUAUGUCUUCUGGAUUAAUGUAGGCGUUGGAACUUCUUAUCCCACCUGUCCCAGACAAUGCAGGUGCCAGAGUUAAAGCUCAUGUGAGACGGGGAACAGCAUUCUGUGAGCUGGAGCUCUAUGUAGAAGGUAAAAACACUUACUCCUUAUGGAGGAACGCUCGGUUUACUGUAACACCACUUUUAAAUGUAGUGAGUUAGAUCUGUACAAAUCACACCUACAUCACGACAUAUGAUGGAUAACAUAACAAUUGGCAAUUUAGGUAACUUGGGUAGUGGGAGAACUUUAUCAAGCAAUGAAAGAUUAUAAAAUCUCUACAUUCAUGUACAUAAAUAUCCUAAUUAACAGACUGUAUCAAUUUACGUCCACUGCCUUUGAAGUGAUCAUCCACAGCCACAUGUGAUGGAUGAGACUAGUGGGAGUUAUACUUCUGGACAGCAACUGCUACCAUAAAUUCAACCCUUUUCUGAUUUGCAUGCAGGGAAGCUAGGAAGACAAAAUUAUGCUGUCUCUUUCCUUUCCAUAUACAUACGCACAAAGUUUUAGUACAUAAACACACACGAUGUGGAUGUAUAUUUCAUAAAUUAUAAAGCUAUUUUAGUUUUUUUUUUUUUUUAUAAAUAAUACCAUUGAACUUUCAUAAUAUUCUUUAUCAUUUUGUCAGUUUUACAUUUAAAAGAACACCCCAAGCACUAUAACCACUACAAAUUGCUGUAGUGAUUAUUGUGCCAGAAGCGCCAUGGCACCCCAUUGUAUAGAGUCAUACAGUCAACUGAGGAGAGCUAGUGUAAGUUCUUGCUUAAGAACAUCCUGCUCAACGCCAGACUCCAGGUAGGUAGUCAUACUGUUCAAAAACUGUUUCACUACUUAUAAUACAGAGGUGUGGGGGGUGCUAGGGCACUCCUGGUACCAGAACAACUACCGCCAGCUGGAGUGGUUAUGGUUAGGGAUCGACCGAUUAUCGGUUUUACCGAUAUAAUCGGCCGAUAUUCGGUAUUCUCGGCAAUAUCGGUAUCGGCCAAUUCAGAUACCGAUAUUGCCGAUAAUACCUCCUAGGACUGCCAGGCUCAUUACAAGCCCGGCGGUCCUGGGGGGGCGGAGAGCAAGCGCUUACUCACCUCCCAGCAGCUCCUCCAGCUCCCCAGUGUAACUCUCGCGAGACCCGCGGCCGUCAGAGCGUUGCCAUGGAUCACCAUGGCAACGCUCCGCGCGACACGCUGGCCGCGAGAGUUACACUGGGGAGCUGGAGGAGCUGCUGGGAGGUGAGUAAGCGCUUGCUCUGCCCCCCCCCAGCUCAGCCAAUACCACUGGACCACCAGGGACUGUCAUAUCCCCCCUCCCUGGCCAGGUAACAAGCAGGGAGGGGGGACAACAAAAAUAAAUAAUAAAGUAAAUAUAAUUUUUUUUUAAAUAAUUUAAUAAAAAAUGCCCCCUCACACACUGCAUUAUAUACACAUACACUACACAAACACACUGUGUAGUGCAGUGUGUGUGUGUAGUGUGUGUAUAUAAUGCAGUGUGUUUGUGUAGUGUGUGUAUAUAAUGCGGUGUGUGUUUGUGUAGUGUGUGUAUAUAAUGCGGUGUGUGUUUGUGUAGUGUGUGUAUAUAAUGCGGUGUGUGUUUGUGUAGUGUGUGUAUAUAAUGCAGUGUGUGUUUGUGUAGUGUGUGUAUAUAAUGCGGUGUGUGUUUGUGUAGUGUGUGUAUAUAAUGCAGUGUGUGUUUGUGUAGUGUGUGUAUAUAAUGCAGUGUGUGUUUGUGUAGUGUGUGUAUAUAAUGCAGUGUGUGUAUAUAAUGCAGUGUGUUUGUGUAGUGUGUGUAUAUAAUGCAGUGUGUGUUUGUGUAGUGUGUGUAUAUAAUGCAGUGUGUGUAUAUAAUGCAGUGUGUGUUUGUGUAGUGUGUGUAUAUAAUGCAGUGUGUGUUUGUGUAGUGUGUGUAUAUAAUGUAGUGUGUGUAUAUAAUGCAGUGUGUGUUUGUGUAGUGUGUGUAAAUAAUGCAGUGUGUGUUUGUGUAGUGUGUGUAUAUAAUGCAGUGUGUGUUUGUGUAGUGUGUGUAUAUAAUGCAGUGUGUUGUGUAGUGUGUGUAUAUAAUGCAGUGUGUGUUUGUGUAGUGUGUGUAUAUAAUGCAGUGUGUGUUUGUGUAGUGUGUGUAUAGUGUGUGUUUGUGUAGUGUGUGUAUAUAAUGUAGUGUGUGUAUAUAAUGCAGUGUGUGUUUGUGUAGUGUGUGUAUAUAAUGCAGUGUGUGUUUGUGUAGUGUGUGUAUAUAAUGCAGUGUGUUUGUGUAGUGUGUUUAUAUAAUUCGGUGUGUGUUUAUGUAGUGUGUUUGUGCAGUGUGUGUUUGUGUAGUGUGUAUAUAAUGCAGUGUGUGUGUUUGUGUAGUGUGUUUAUAUAAUGCAGUGUGUGUGUGUGUUUGUGUAGUGUGUUUAAUGCAGUGUGUGUAGUGUGUGUAUAUAAUGCACACUACACAAACACACUGCAUUAUAUACACACACUAUACAAACACACACACUCUGCAUUAUAUAAACACACUACAUUCACUAUACACACACUACAUUCACUAUACACACACAGUCUGCAUUCAUUAUAUACACACACACUUUGCAUUUAGUAUAUACAGCAUUCACUUUACGCACACUACCCACACACUACACAAACACUCUGCUUUCAUUAUAUGCACACUACACUAAUACACACUGCAUCCACUACACACACUAGACAAAUACACACUGCAUCCACUACACAAACACACACUGCAUCCUCCACACACUACACAAACACACAAACACACUACACAAACACACACUGCAUCCACAACACACACACUGCAUCCACUACACACAGCUCCCCUGUCACACUGUAUCCACUACACGUGGCAUGUAUAUUUUGUGCAUUUACCUUUAGAAAUAGUUUUUAUUUUGGUAAAUGUACAGAAUAUCGGCAAAUUAUAUCGGCUAUCGGCCUGAAAGUUCACAGAAUAUCGGUAUCGGUAUCGGCUCUGAAAAAUCAAUAUCGGUCGAUCCCUAGUUAUGGUACAUGGAGAAUUUAUUUAAUAGUCUAUGGACUGCAAUUAGAAGAUAGCUCUUAGAGCGGACGGUCGCAGGAUUGCUGAGCUCCAGGCCUGAAACUGACAAAACCCACUAAAAACACCCACAAUCGGGUCAAAUCCAACCCAGACGGACCCAAACGUUUAGGUAAACGCGAUGGGGCGAAAGACAAAGAAGUUAAAGCCCGAAAAACUCCACCCGGGCACACAUAUUGGCGAGUUGUGGCGGAAGGCCCAAGAAGCCUCUCUCCCUCACAUGGCGUCCCUCCAUGGCGGAUCCUCAGACUUCUACAGUGAGUCUUCGGAUGAAGCAGAAGGGGAGCCCCUACAAGCCAACCCCAAACUCCCACUGAAUCGAACACAGCCCCCACCACCCGCCGCAACCCCUACCCCGGUGAGCAUGGAGGCCAUCAGAGAAUUAAUGGCAGACCACCAUAAAAAAAUAUCAGCGGAUGUGGCCUCAAUUCGGGACACGCUGAAGGGCCUCAGUGGACGACUUGGAGCUGUGGAACACACCACGCAAGCCCAAGACACACAUAUCAAGGAGCUACAGCAAGAGAUACUGGCGCUGAGGAACCUGUCCAAACAAAAUGACUUACGGUUUGCAGAGCUGGAAGAUAAACGUCGGCUGAAGCAUCUCAAGAUCAGAGGAAUAACAGAUACUGUGACGGACUCUGAACUGCCCCAUUUCGUGCGGCGGCUCCUCACGAUAAUGCUAAACCCAAAACAUGCUAAAGCAGUGAUACUGGAUGAAAUAUUCCGUAUCCCAAAACCCUCUAAAGCUCCAGACGCAGCCACCCGUGAUGUGAUCCUGCAGUUUCAAGCCCAAAGAGACAGAUCCGCAGUUCUGGCCGUGGCCAGGCUCCAACAGACCUACCCCUUCGAAGGCAUGAACCUAAUGUUUUAUGCGGACCUCUCGGGAGCCACUUUAGCCUGGAGGAGAUCCCUGCAACAAUUGACAUCACUUCUGCGUGAGAAACAUGUCACAUACCGCUGGGGCACGGCUCACACCCUGACGGUAACAAAAGGCGAAGAUACGCAUAAAAUUCACUGCAUACAAGAGGCACCGAUGAUCCUGGGGCUGCUCGGCCUCCCCCCGAACGCAUUGACCCAGCCAGCACCUAAGGACAGACCUCGGAGCCCCCAAGUUGGGAAACAGCUAGCGCUGCUGAAUUUGUCCCCAGACGACAGAAAGAAUCACCCACCGUCGCUGCCACGACCUGAAGGUCAAUUCUGGACUGUGUGAGUUACCGGGACAUUGCCCCACCAUCAGGCAUAUUAUGCAUAGGGACGGCCAUGCACAACCCAAACCCACACUACUGAACAACCCAAUCGUUUCCACCCCAUCAUUAUGUUUAGCACUAUGACUUCAACUGUUUCCCCUUUCCUUGUUAUUUUCUCUCGAACACCAUAGUGAGCUUGUAGUUCACACCAACCAGUUAAAUCUGACGCCAGAAAUGUUCACUCACCUCUUAGUACACUCGAUAUUGCCUUGCCAAAUUAUAACAAUAUACAUUGUUUUAUUCCUGAUACGACACUGUUUGUGCCCAUAGACCUGUGGUCGCGAAUGAGGCACUAUGGAAUUAUAUGUACUAUGCAUAGCAUAACAAAAACUAACUUUUAAGGGAGGGAAAAGAUAGGUUAUCAAAGGAGAAGAGGAGGAGGGGAAAGGGGAGGAAUAAUCUAGGUGUUAAGGUGUAUUGGACUGCUCACACCCGAGUUCUGUUGUCUUCCUAGUUUAUCGUAUUUUAUUACACUUUUUCAUCACCUAGUACUUCGACCAUCAAACGUAGUCUCUGGUACAAACUCGCAUAUUAGUCACUAUUUAUGUUAAGCUUGAUCUCCCCGCUGACAUAACCAUAAGAAAUGAACGCUGAGUACCCACCUCAGCAUCCUUACGGGUGAUUCUUCUGUGUAUAACUUAACCAGAGACCGCUUAGGUCAAAAAAUGCCAGAUUGUUUAUUUCCCUUUAUUUUUUUAUGCUAACGUGGACAUGGUAUGUCCCUCUCUGUUUGGUGGUAUAUUGCUUUCCUUAUAUAUUUACCUUUAACAUUUAACCUAAUUUUCAUUUAAUUGUACUUAACCUAGCCAAACUUUAUUAUUUUCUAUCAAGUCAGUAAGUCAACCAGUAUUAACACCUGUACUUAUAGCCUUAACUGACACGCAAGACUAAAACUUAUAAAUAUAACUUCGCCUACAACCUACAACUUAACGUUAAUUAAUAUGCUGAUAUCUCCACGUUACUACUGUAUCAAAGCUGUGUUUAUGCUUUCUGAAUUUACCAUUGUGACAAAGACAAAUGUUCAGCACAUCUCAAGCGUUGCUCCCUCAUUGCUUAUAUUUUCUUUCAUAAAACUAAAAUUGUGCUGUAUAGUCAUAUGCCACGUUAUGUUUCCUCUGUAUAUUACUGCUUGUGACUGCUGUUGUGGCUGAACAAGCCUAUUGUUAAUCCAUGCACUUCAAAAAUAAAGAAUUAAAAAAAAAAAAGAAGAUAGCUCUUAGAUUUGAGUGCAUUUCACCUUGAGAAAAAUAAUAAACUAUUUCAAGCUCGUACAACUACCAGAUAAACAGUGCUGACCUGUGUGCCCUCAUACAGAAAUUUACAAAGCAUUAAUUUGAUAAGAGCAGGAUACAAUCAUUUGUGUCUCUUUUUACAUUAUCGUUUCAUUUGUUACUGGAGUCAUUCAAUGACGACAGAGAAAUCUAUUAAAAUGACUUAUCCCUUGGUGAACAACUCAACCUUAUCUGAAACAACUUGCUUGUGCGCAGACGUUUCUAGGAAUCUUUAAAUGUUCGUCAUUGGAUUACUAAGUAAACUGCUUUCUGCAGAAAAAUGCACGCAGUCGCCAAAGUUUAAUAUCAAUGUUUAGGGAACCCAUUGUUCAUUUGAAUUACUUUUCGUUCACCCCUUGACUAGCUAAUUACAGGUUUCUGAGUAAUGUUUGUGUUGACCAAAUCAAAACACAACUUAAAGGGGUAAUCUGUGCACCAUAACUACUACAGCUUCUUUUAGUUAUGCUACGAUGAAUCUAUAGCCACUAUUCCAGUGUUCUCUUAUACCGUUUUGAAGCCGUUUGAUAAAACUGGAACUCUCCCAGGCACCCAUAUUCUGCAUUAUCUUCCUUCACAGUGAUAAUGUGAAUUACACUUCCACAUUCGCAAAUCCGAGUCUAAAUAAUGAUUCUGUUGCAUUUAACAGGCCUUCUGGAUUACGAAGCUGCUCUUAAAAUUGAUCCCACCAAUGAAAAUGUGAAAUUUGAUGCUGAGAAAAUACGGCAGAUUAUCCAGAAUUCUUCUCCUGGUGUUGAAUGAUCAAAAACACUUUGUGUAUAUAUUUAUAACCUGUUUAUGUGAAAAAGUGGAAUGAAU